AUAACAACUGUCAUCCCAAUCGCCUUAUCUCAGUUUGAAGGUCUCCAUCACUCUAUCCGCAACUGAGAAUCCAAAUAGGACUAAAAGAGCCAAGAGAAGUAGGAACAAGAACAGGUAUUUUGGGAAUCUUCAAGCGCUGCGGCCUUUUCAUCUAUUUUUGUCCCACUAAUAGUCUGAAGUAGCAUUUCCCUGGUUGAAACCUCAGACGGUUUCUCUAAUUAUGAUAUCAGUCGAAGUUUUUUCUCCCUUGUCAAAAUCGGCUUUCAAAUGUUUUCAUUUCCACUUUCUCUGUUCUGAAACUUACCACGCAAUAUGUAAGAAAAGAGGAAGGAAAAAAAACUCAUGGCAUUGAUAAACAACACAAAUAUUUUCACACUGAGGAUUAGAUCGCAAGUGGACAGAGGGCAAAAGAUCAGUUUUUGACGUCGUAUUGUCGGUCGUUAGCGUGAAUUACGUCCGCAAUCGCAUUGCACAACAAACUGUCAUAAGUCCUCUGCUCUGUCGUCCCUGUUGGCCAAAAACGUUCGUGUUACUUGAAUUUCGACAUCUCUCACAAUUUGUGAACGGUAUUCACUAAUACGCAGAAGCAUGCAAUUGUGAUUAAUUCUAGUCAUUUAUAUCUGUUUUUUUGGCUGCGGUGAAAGUCAUGUUUCCCACUCUAUUACGUUAUCAUUGGGAGCAAGGAAGCUGUACAUGCAAGCUAACGAAAGGACUCUCAGGAAGAAAUUUACGAGACAGAGAAGCAGUUAGACAAAUUUAUUGAAGACAGCUCUAACUCGGAGAUGACGCAAUUAUUGCCAUCAUUUAAAAGUGUUAGUAUCCCCCGAAAAAUAAGAAGAAGUUCACAUAUUUGCUAUUUUAUGCCUAUGGGAAGUCACCAAACCACAAUUUCUACCUGUCUUCAUUUAUCUUUAAGACCUUUACAGAACCUAGACAUGGCCGAUGUGAUUAACGUCAACGUGACGUACAACAAAACAAAGAGAAUUAUUUGCUAUCAAAAAGACGGAGAUGUUCAGGGAUUUUGCCAUCUUUUUCUGCGCGUCUUCUCUGAUGUGUUACCAAGCAAGGUCACGCCAAUUCAAGUCAAGUUUUUACAGUGCGAUGACAAAAUGGGUCCGGAAGACUACCAGGAACUUCAAAAUAACGAUAAACUUGAUGAUAAAAAGAGACUCCGAGCAUUCAUAUGGAAAGAGGAAGAGAUAGUGAAGGUAAAAAUACCGAGGCGGUCUUCGAUCGACAUUGAAAUUGUUAAUGCAAAAAUUCGUCAAAUUGAAAUUUUAUUGUGAUGUUUUUCCUAUUUAUAUGUUUUUUUAUCUUUUUACCAAUGCGGGCUCAAAAUCGAGAAUUACUCAUGUAAACAUUUUACGUCCCAAAAAUAGAAAGCCGAGUCAUCGUGAAAUCACAAUCCGAAAUACCAUCAAAGCACUGACUUCAAAACGUUUGAUUCGCACCAAAUCUUCCGAAAAUUGCUUUGGCAAGAAUUUCAUCGAAUUAUACUUUGCUUUAUUCUCAUCUAUUCUCAUCUUCAUCAUCAUUGCAUCAUCACCAUUAUUAUUAUUAUUAUUAUUAUUAUUAUUAUUAUUAUUAUCAUCAUCAUCAUCGUCAUCAUAACCAUCACCAUUAUUGCUCUAACUAUCAUUAUAAUAAGAAUUACUCUUUUGCUUAAGGAGUAAGAAAUCUGACGUCUAGUGAGUGGAAGGCAGAUAUAAAUCAUAAACAUCAUUACAUACUAUAGACCAUGUCUGAUAUGUCACACAUUGGGUUUGUCUGGGUUUUGACACUAGGCCUUAUAAGCGCACCAUUAAUGGCCAUAUCCUUUCUUCGAAGGGAUUAUGUUGUCUUAAAGAAAACUCAAAAGUCCAAAUCUCUUGGUAUCCGGUUGAGGCGAGCAUUUCUGGAGGGCUUAUCGACUAUUUGAGGACCCAUCCAGUCAAAAUAAACACCAGUUACCGACUGUGGAGCUUAGUUAGCAAGACCAACGAUGGUAUUAUGAUGAGAGAUACCAAAGAUGGUUCUGUUACUUGCAAUGGAAGUUUUAACAUGGCCCAGAGUGAUGAUGGUAGGUAAAACUUUAUUUACUACUUCAAAACAUAAGUAAGUGAGCUAAAUUUUAAACGCACCUAAACUAAAUACUAAAUGAUACAGAAUGUAACAAGUGUGUUUUUCUUGGCUUUUUCGCAUUCCUUCCCUCCCCUUACCGUGAUUUAGCCUUUGCCCUCAGCCACCACCACGAACGGUGUGUGUUAGGUGCAAGAUAGCAUUGAUACCCAUGCGAAAAAUAUGCGGACAGGAGAGAGUGUCAAUCAUGCCACGUGGCUUAUUAUCACGAUUUGUAUCCGCUUAUCUAUUACAUUGAUCUGAAUGAUCGAUGAAUAUGUGAUGCUGGAGGUCUCCAUUUCUACAAAAUGGAAUUUGAUUAUCUUGAAAAAAACUAACAAACAAACAAACACGCCUUACCCACCAUAUGUGCGGUAUGAUUAGGUUGAAGAGGUGACGCUUUGGGGAGGGGGGAGGGGAGGGGGGUUGUGAUAAGGGUUGUAGUCUUUUAGGACGUCGCACAAGGCAGCCUGUCCUCUGCAUUCUGGUUGCUUGCUGAACUUAAAAUUGCUCUCUUUUUCCCUCUAGUUCGAAUUGAAGCUAUUGAUGGAACAAGACAGAAAACGUUUUAUGUAGCCUUAAUGUUUGAAGACACUAACGCACAGAAGAAUUAUAUGUUGACUGGAACUGGCGAAGGAAACCAAGUUAAAACGAAUGUAAGAAACGCUAUUUUUCACCCAUUCAUCCGUUCGUUAUUCUUUCUUUCUUUCUUUUGUUUAUAAUCGUUCAUUGUUACCACCCACUAACUGAUUGGUUCCAGUAUUUCUUUGUUUUCUUCACAGUUUGGUCAUUUCAUCAUUUGCUAAUAAUAAAAUGAUUACUUUAUUUAAGUUAACUUCUUUAGGAUGUAUGAUUCAGAAGGCUAACGUCUUCCCGUAAUUUUAGUGUAAUAAACCCUAUUAGAGAAACUAUCCUAAGCUACCCUGUUAUACUCUCCCACCGACGCAGCACCAAAGUCUAUUUAGAAACAUACCCCCUUUAUUCAUUUAUCUGAUACAUUGUUACAUUAUUUCUAAAUCAAAGUUGUUUAUAUUUAGGAAGUGCCAGUGUCAGGAAUUAUUUCGGACGUAAGUGUCUUUGAGCCUUUGUACUUCUGGAGCUAUACAAUGUUCAGAAAUUGUUUCUACAACAACUAUUACCUGGGAUACGACCAAACUGGAAAAACAACUUUGGUUGAAAAUUGGGACCUCAGCUAUCCGGACCCUCAAGCACUCUUCAUCCUUAAUACGUUUUAAUUUGACAGGCCAAAUGGCAAAGGAGAAUGUUGGCUAGUUGCUUGAAUUAUUCUUACCUUCAUCCUUAUAAACUUUGUAUAGCAUUAUAUUUUAUUUGGGUUUAUUAUUAUCAGCCUAAUGCUUACUAUGAUUCGUUUUCAAAGAUAAUAAUUAAUGCGAUCAUUAAUCUUUCGUGGGAUGAUACUAUAGACUAUUUGCUACAAUCUUAGUCAGCGUGCAAGUCUCUUUCCAAUUGGAUAGCUGAAAGCACUACUUGCAUUUCAAGGAUGAUUUCAGUAUGGAUUGCUGAAGAAAAGAAGCUCGAUUUUCGUAUUGCAAACUAGCAUUGCGCAAAUUUCUUAACAAAAUAAUUACAGGGAAACAGCAAAUCUUUUGUCUCUUGAAAUUUGCGUUGAUCGUUUCACGAUUGGUUUUUUUUGUUUCUCUUUCCCUCAGUAUUAUCAUUUACAUUUCGCGUCAUGUCAUGUUUCUGGAACUUCUUUUAAGUUGUUUGAAUUGUAUUUUUGCAAUUUUUUCUGCUAUCGUGAAAUCAAAAUCCAGCAAAACAUUAUGAAAUAAGGUAGCCGAGGUUCAACAUUCACUAUUUUACCAUGUUUUUUUUCUCUGAGCUUCUUACAUGUAGAUUUACCGUUUUUUUUCCUUGUCCUAUAAAGCUGAUUUUUGUCGCGCCUAUGGUGAUUAUAAGAUCUACCAAAGUAUGUCUAAAAAAAAUUGACCUUUGUAGUUUGCUAUCAUAAGAUAAAAAAACAUUCAAUGCUGGAAAAUAUUUUAAGUUAUCUCUAGCAAAGCUUUCUUGGAAUUUCAUGCAAAAGAAGUUAAGUUAGGAUUUUUACGAAAUUAUUAAUUAAAAGGUCAUGCAUUAGUAAAAACAACCACCCAGACAACAACAACAACAACUCAACAAAUUUAAACAAAACAAUAGCAUGCGUUAGCUUCUUUAAUCUCUCUCUCACCCUUUUCCUCUUCAGCCUUCAGUCUGCGUCCAGACACUAAGCAAAUAAUUGAACCCUUUCCUUGCCGAAAACAUCACGGAUUAUAUCCAUUACACGUAAAAUGGCUGCAGAAAAUUGUUAAAACAAGCAACAGACCAAGAGAACUGCAUCGAUAAUUUCCUUGGCAUCUUACUUCAGUUUGAUAUGAACCCUUAACACUCACGUUUUAGCGUCACCGUAUAUAUUGACUGUAAAAAUUGGUUUUGUUUUCUGCAUUGGAAAAUAAGGACUAAGCUUUGGCAUACCUUCCUGGAUGAGAAUAUCCGUACUGGCAUACUUAUCAUGAACACUGACAAAUGCACUAAGACACAAGAUGAAAAACAAAAUGAUGAAGAAAAAAUUAAAUGAAUAGAAAUAAUAAUAAUGAUAAUAAUGAUUAUUGACGUGCGUGACUGAUGCCCUAGGUGCAUGGUAUGCGCCUGGCUGAUGCACAAAAAGAACACUAGCAAAGACUCUGAUAGAAGAG